AUGGAGACCUCAAAUCGUGACGCCUUCUUUCAGACUGAUGCUUCCAAUGCUGAGAGGGAGCGCAAAGCUCUCAAAGCCAGCAACAAAAAUGGAGACCCAAUCGUCAUGAAGUCCAAGAUUUUGGCAGCCGUCCCUGACCCCUUUUCUCCGUCAACGGCCAUCUUCAUCGCGGAAUCAGCAGGAUUCGCUCGCAGAAUAGAUCUUACAUCUGGUGCAACAAAAGCUACAUACCGUGGGCCCAAAGCCCCUGUGACAUGUGUCGCCGUUGGAGGCAGCGGGAACAAGACUGUGUUUGCCGGCUCGUGGGAUAAAGACAUUUGGUCUUGGGACGUCGAGACGGGUCAGCCUGGCCGCAAGUUUAGCGGUCAUUCAGACUUCCUCAAGGCCGUUGUGUGCACCAGGAUAGCCGGCAAGGAGAUUCUCAUCAGCGGUGGCGCAGACAAGAAGAUCUUAGUCUGGGACAUUGAAACCGGCAAGCGCCUGCACACCCUCCAAGAUCCGACAACGACCAUGCUUGCGGUGCAGCACAUUGCCAUUGAUCCCGUAUUGAGCACCCCUGAUGCGGCGGUGAUUGCAAGUGCGAGCAGCGACCCUCACAUCCGCAGGUGGAAAAUUACAGUGGAUGGAGUUGAGCAACUGGCCGAGGCAUUCCACGACAGUCCUGAUGCUGAGAGGCUCACCCUUGCGGAACAUGACACAAGUGUUUACAAGCUGGUUUACGAUCUUGAAGGCGACGAAGGCGAUCUGUGGACGGCCAGUGCAGACGGUACUGCGAAAUGUCUCGUCAGGUCGCGGAAUUUCAUUGCCGAGGAUACCUUUACACACGGAGAUUACGUCCGCGCUGUGAUUCCAACGGAACACUGGGUAAUCACCGCUGGCCGUGACGAGAAUGUCAAGGUUUGGGAUAAAUCAUCGGGCAAGCUAUACUGCACGCUGGAAGGGCACUACGAAGAGGUGACGGAUCUCAUCUUGCUGCGAGACUCGCGGGGGUUGCCUGAAAAGGUCUGCAGCGUCAGCAUUGACGGGACUAUCCGUACAUGGCCUUUGAAGAAGACCGAUCUGGACGAGGUAGUCAAGAAGAUUGAAGAGUCCAAGCAGCCGGUAGAAGAAGAGGAUAAGCCGGAGGGAGAUAACAUGUUGACGGCCGAGGAGGAAGCCGAGCUUGCUGAGCUGAUGGACGACUGAUUGAGCACUCUCACUCUGUCAGCCAACAAAUAUAGACAUUUGAUUAAAAAGAAAAAAGAAAAGCCCAUCAUCCAAC